AUGACGCAAGUGACGAUCCCCAAACCGGGCCAAACUUGGCAAGAUGUUGCUGCCAAGAAAAAGCUCAUCCAGGCGGAAGCAAUCGCUGCAGCCGUGCUUCAGACGGCCAACAACAGCAAUGCUUCUUCCGGCAUAAUCGGCAACAUUACUGCGAUUCCCGACGCCGAGGCUUUAGUUUCGAAGAUAUCCAGCGGUGAAGUGACAAGCGAGGUUGUUAUCAAGGCCUACAUCCAAAAUUUCACUGAGGUUCUUUUUGAAGACGCUUUGGAACGUGCCAAAGAACUCGACUCGUAUUUCGCAAAGAAUGGAACCGUUGUCGGUCCAUUGCAUGGUGUCCCGGUCACCCUCAAGGACCAAUUCAAUGUCAAAGGCUUUGACUCAACUUUGGGAUAUGUUGGGCGAUCAUUUACCCCUGCCAAGGAUGAUGCUGUGGUCGUCAAAAUGCUGAAAUCUCUCGGUGCGAUUAUCAUUGCAAAGACCAACCUUCCCCAGAGUAUCAUGUGGUGUGAGACUGAGAACCCUCUUUGGGGUCUUACUACAAAUCCCCUGAAGAAGGACUACACACCAGGAGGCUCCACUGGUGGUGAGGGAGCCCUUCUUGCUACUCAAGCCUCAAUGCUUGGUUGGGGAACUGAUAUCGGAGGAAGCAUUCGCAUCCCAUCGCAUAUGAACGGCCUCUAUGGUUUCAAGCCAAGUAGUGCUCGUCUGCCGUACCGCGGCGUUCCGGUCUCCACCGAGGGCCAAGAACAUGUUCCAUCUUCAAUCGGACCGAUGGCUCGUAGCCUGAGCACCAUACAUCUUACCAUGAAGCACUUGAUCAACGAGAAACCUUGGGAACUGGACUCCCGAUGCGCUCCGAUUCCUUGGAGGCAGGACGUGUAUGAAGAGGGUCUGUCCCGUCCACUGACAAUCGGUGUUCUGUUUGACGACAACGUUGUCCGACCCCAUCCGCCAAUCACACGGGUUCUUCGCUGUGCAGUCGAGACUCUCCGUGCGGCUGGGCAUGAGGUGUUGGAGUGGAACGCCGACUUGCACGAAGACUGCAUCAGAGUCAUGGAUCUCUAUUACACGGCUGACGGUUGCGAGGAUAUCCGCAAUGACGUCUUGGCCGGGGGCGAGCCCUUCAUCCCUCACGUGGAGCGUCUCGUGAACCGCGGAAAGGCAAUCUCGGUCUACGAGUACUGGCAGCUCAACAGGCGCAAGUGGGAAAUGCAGCAAGCAUACAUGGAGAAGUGGAAAUCCAUCCGUUCCCCGACGACGGGUCGCGCGGUGGACAUUGUCCUCAUGCCUCCCAUGCCCCACAGCGCCGUACCCCAUGGUGGGUGCCGUUGGGUAGGGUACACCAAAGUGUGGAACUUCCUCGAUUACCCAGCGUUGGUUAUUCCAGGUGGCCGAGUUUCUGAGACUGAUUUGAGCGAGCCUUGGGCUGAUGCGCCUAGGGGCGUGGAGGAUGAGUGGAAUAAGAAGCUUUGGGAGGACAAUGGCAAGGAGAUGGCUUCGCUUGGUUUGCCAGUCGGGCUUCAGCUCGUUGGGCGCAAGUUAGAUGAGGAGACCGUGCUUGCUGCUGGCAAGGUCAUAGAUGAUCUGAUGAAGGUUCAGAAAGAAUAA